AACUGUACAUUAUGUUCAUCUGUUUGAGCCCUCUGUCUCCCUCUGCCAUGCCAUGAUCACUACGCUCAGCCGCGUAAGCACCAGAGCCACCGCAGUCGUAACGGCGGCGGCGCCGCCGCUCUAUCGACUUCUUCAGCUCACCGUAAGGCGAUUCCAUGGAGCUGCCGAACCGCUACUUGACCCCGACUAUUGCUACUACUACGGGUCUCGCCGCGAUCAGCUUAUUCGGUCGACUCCAAUGGCUGACACCGAAGGCUCCGUCCCUUUAAGAGGAGUGCAGUGGGCGUUCGUCGGAAACCCACGCGCCAAGAAGCACGUGUACGCCGAGAUGCUGUCUAAACUUCUAAAAGUUCCCCACAUUUCAAUGGCGAGCCUUGUUCGUCAAGAACUCAGCCCUCACUCUAUUCUUUACAAACAGAUUGCAAAUGCAGUUAAUCAUGGUGAGCUUGUCCAGGAGGAUAUAAUCUUGGGACUGUUGUCGAAGAGGUUGGAAGAUGGCCAUUACAGAGGUGAAACUGGUUUUAUUCUGGAUGGAAUUCCUCGAUCACGGACUCAGGCUGAGAUUCUGGACCAACUUGCUGAGAUUGAUCUUGUUGUGAAUUUCUUAUGCACAGAAGACUUGAUGACGAACACUCAAGGGGAAGCUUCUUGGAAGGAAAGACUCCAAGACUAUACCAAACAGAGUAAGCCACUUGAAGAUUAUUACAAGAAGCAGAAAAAGCUUCUUGACUUUCAAGUUGGCAGCGCACAUGUGGAGACUUGGCGAGGACUUUUAACUGCAUUGCGUCUACAACAUACAAAUGCUGCUACUCAUUCACAGAAACUGACCGUAGGCUCGAUUUUGCCCUAAACUCUCGCUGCUGUCUGCUGGUAAAGAAUCAGCUCUUACCUUUACUGUAAAUAUCAAUUUUAGUCUCUGAUGGGUCGAAAGUCUAAUAGCAAGUGCAAGGUGGAGAUUUUUUACUAGUAUAUAUGUUUCCCAGCUCUCUUGUUGCCCUAUGAUCAGCUACUUCAACAUUGCAAUUUUGUUAUAUAGUUUCUGGCAAUUCAGCAGAGGGGAACCUCUUCAAGUUUUUA